AUGGAGGAAGAACCACAAAAGAAAAAUAAAAAACAAAAAAUAAAAAAGAGCCAAAAACCAAUGACAGUAAGUAAUAGAAAACCUUUCAAUGUAUUUGACAAAAACAACAAAACAUCAAAACCAUUAGUUCGAGACCCUCGAUUUUCAAAUUUAUCAGGCUCAUUUAAUCCCAACUUUUUUCGAAACGCCUACAAAUUUUUAUAUGAGACAAGGGAACAUGAAAAAGAAGCAAUUGAGAAAAAAUUAAAAAGUAAAAAUUUAGAUCCUGAAGAAAAAAAUAAAUUAAAAAAUGCAUACAGUAAUUAUAAAAAUACAGAUGCAUUACUUAAAAAAAAAGAAGAAGAAAGAAAAUUAAAAUCACAACUAGUUAAACAAGAGAAAGAAAAUAUUUUAAAUAAAAAUAAAACACCAUAUUAUUAUAGUGAUAGAAAAAUUAAAAAGAUGGUACAAGAAAAAGGGGAAAAUAAAAUUGGUAUGAAAAAAAUUAUUAAAAAGGAAAAGAAAGUCUUACAAAAGGAAAGAAGAAAUAAUAUGAUCCCCGAAAGAAGAUAUGUUGAUCAAAGUUAA